CUGUGGCUAAUUUCCCUGUUUGUUUUGAUUACGCUUUCGUUUUUACUCUGAAAAAAAGAACGCUUAAUUAAGCUGAUCAUAGGAAAAAGUAAUAAAAUAAAUUUCAAUUAAGAAAUACCAAUUUAAAUCAAAACAUUUAGAAUUCAUUGCAUGUGAAACCGGAGUGUAUGUGUAGCUGACUGCUGAUUUCGUUUCAAACAUGGAAUCUCAAACCAGACAGCGCUUAAGAGCUCCAAAUUUCACAAAAUGUGAGAAUUUACUUUUACGUGAUUGCAUACAAAAGCGAAAAAACGUAAUUGAAAAUAAAAAAACGGACCGAAAUAGUCUUCAACAAAAGCAAGAAGCGUGGAUGGAGGUGGCGAAGGAAUUCAAUGAAGCCAAUACUGGCAUCCAGCGUACUGUUGAGAGCCUGCAGCAAAAUUAUAAGAAUUUGAAGAAGAAACUUCGUAAAAGAAAACUCCUAUCAUCGAGGCAGGAAACAGUUGCAGAGACAUUCAAUACGUUGACUUCCGAAAAGAAGGAAUUGGUAUCGGCAAAAAGUGAAUUGUUGCAAAUUCAGUUGAUAGAUGAACAAGAAAGAUUAGAACAUAAUCGUCUAUUGAGGAAAAUGGAAUUUGAAGACGCCCAAAAGAGAUAUGAGCACAACGAAACAAUUAGGAUGUUGCAAUUAGAGGAAUACAGCUAAAAUAUUUCAAAGCAUUUGCGCUAAAAACUGUAUUAUUUAAAUUUUGAAAUACUAAAAAUAUUUAAUUUAUUUCCCUUAUUAUUAUGUUUAAUUUAUGUUUUGCAUUUAUUUAACUGUUACCAAAAACAAACCUAAAUUUGUAUGGGAAAAAAAUGAAUUGUUGCAAAUUCAGUUGAUAGAUGUACAAGAAAGAUUAGAACAUAAUCGCCUAUUGAGGAAAGUGGAACUUGAAGACGCCUAAAAGAGAUAUGAGCACAACGAAACAAUUAGAGGAAUACAUCUAAAAUAUUUCACGGCAUUUGAGCUAGAAACUAUAUUACUUAAAUUUUGCAAUAUUCAAAUUAUUUCAUUU